UCAUUCAAUUCAGAAUCAAAAUUAAGAGAAAGAAGAAAACGGUCAAAUUUGAAAUCCAACCAAGAGUGGUAAAAUUUUUGCUGGAACAGAGAAUUUUUGACUAAAAAAUGUCUGAUGAGGUAAAUAAUCAAACUUUAUAAAAAAUCAUUUUAUACUGAAAAUAGACAUAAACAAAUACAAAAUAACUAUAGCCUCAUCUAUCUCUUCUUUGCAAUUCGCAUUUUUUUUAUGCAAUUACUUUCAAUUUCUCUGUAAAACCCUAAUUUCGAUCCCAUUUCCUCUUUCUCUCUCUAAAACCCAAUUUUAUCUCUCUAACGAACAAAUUUCGAAAUCCGAUUUGUUGCUCGAUUUAUUCAUCCACUUUCAAUUUCCCUGAAAUUCCGAAUUAGAUCGAAAGGUGGUUUUGAAUUGAAUUAGGGUUUGAAUUGAGGUGAUUCAAGGCUGGCGGGUAUUGAGGUGAAGUAAAUGGCGGAUCCGCCUGGUAUCCGCCACCAUAAAAAUUGCUUGAAUUGCGGUGUUGUUACCAUUGAUUGUUGUUGGAUUGCGGUGAAAAGUGAAGAAUGCUGAACGUGCUGCGUGUGCAUCUUCCUUCUGAUAUUCCCAUUGUAGGCUGUGAGCUCACGCCUUAUGUGCUCUUACGCCGGCCUGACAAGACUGUUACAACCGACGAUGUCUCCGAAUCCGCUCCUUUAGAUGGUCAUUUUUUGCGCUAUAAGUGGUAUCGUGUACAGAGUGAUAAAAAGGUUGCUGUUUGUAGUGUGCAUCCAUCCGAGCAGGCCACAUUGCAGUGCCUAGGUUGUCUUAAGGCUAAAAUACCUGUUUCCAAAAGUUACCAUUGCAGUCCAAAGUGUUUCUCAGAUGCAUGGCAGCACCACCGAGUCUUACAUGACCGUGCUGCAAGCGCAGUUAAUGAAAAUGGAAAUGAGGAGGAGGAGGUAUUUGGGAGAUUUAAUAAUUCUGGGUCUGGGUCAAUCAAUACCAGCUUAUCCUCGUCUGCUUCUAGUGCUAACCUGACAAAUGGGUCUGCAACUGUGUAUCCUACAACUGUUUCACAACGAAAUGGCGGUGAAACUUGGUUUGAAGUUGGACGAUCAAAGACAUAUACCCCAUCAGCCGAUGACGUUGGUCAUGUCCUUAAAUUUGAGUGUGUUGUAGUUGAUGCAGAGACAAAACUUACCGUGGGGCACACAAACACUAUACUAACUUCACGGGUCAUUCCAGCUCCCUCACCUAUCCCUCGCCAACUGAUACCUGUUGACGCGAUGGGUAGUUUGGAUGUGGAUGGGCGUAUAACAUCAUCAGGAACUUUUACUGUUUUAUCAUACAACAUAUUGUCUGAUUCAUAUGCCUCAAAUGAUCUAUACAAUUACUGCCCUUCAUGGGCUCUAUCCUGGCCGUAUCGCAGACAAAACUUGUUACGAGAAAUAGUUGGUUACCGUGCCGAUAUUAUUUGUCUCCAGGAGGUUCAAAGUGAUCAUUAUGAUGAAUUUUUCGCUCCUGAACUGGACAAACAUGGCUAUCACGGUCUUUACAAGAGAAAAACAAACGAGGUUGUAUAUAAUGGCAACAUAAAUACAAUUGAUGGUUGUGCAACAUUUUUCCGUAGAGACAGAUUCUCACAUGUGAAGAAAUAUGAGGUUGAGUUUAAUAAGGCUGCACAGUCUUUAACAGAUGCCAUGAUUCCAACCACUCAGAAGAAAAUUGCCUUGAAUCGGCUGGUUAAGGAUAAUGUCGCACUAAUAGUUGUUUUAGAAGCAAAAGUUAACAAUCAGCCUGUUGAUAAUCCAGGGAAAAGACAACUUCUGUGUGUGGCAAAUACACAUGUAAAUGUCCACCAAGAUUUAAAGGAUGUCAAGCUCUGGCAGGUGCACACUCUCUUGAAAGGAUUGGAGAAAAUUGCCGUCAGUGCAGACAUUCCAAUGCUGGUUUGUGGAGAUUUCAAUUCAGUUCCGGGAAGUGCUCCUCAUGCACUUCUUGCAAUGGGCAAGGUAGACCCAUCCCACCCUGAUUUAGCAGUUGACCCACUCAACAUAUUGCGUCCUCAUAGCAAAUUGAUUCACCAGUUGCCACUGGUCAGUGCUUAUUCUUCGUUUGCAAGAACGGUUGGUCUUGGAUAUGAGCAGCAUAAGCGGAGAAUGGAUAGCUCAACAAACGAACCUUUAUUUACAAAUGUCACUAGAGAUUUUAUUGGCUCUCUUGAUUAUAUAUUUUACACAGCGGAUUCAUUGGUUGUGGAGUCAUUAUUAGAGUUAUUGGAUGAGGAGAGUUUGAGGAAAGACACAGCACUACCUUCUCCUGAAUGGUCCUCAGAUCAUAUAGCUCUCUUAGCUGAGUUUCGCUGCUGCAAAAAUAAACCCAGGCGAUGACUCUUAACUAAUAAGAUCCAGUGACACGUAAAGACAAAAUGUCGAAAGAAGCAUCUCGUUGAUAAGUUAUUGUUGUAAAAGUAGUGGCAGAUCAUGCCUUUGUCUUUUUCUCAGGUAUCUCCAUGUGGGGUUCCCUGCAAUGAUCUGCUUUGUAUUAUGCCACCUUUGUUUUAUAGAAAAAAAUGAUAAUGCCUUACUGAUAUGCCUCCUUCACCCACCCCCUCCCCAAUCUAUUUAUUUCCUUAUUAACUAAAAAUUUCUUCUUAUACUUUCACUAGCUCAGUACAUGUAGCGAUUUGCUAGUGAUCCCAUCCUCAAGCCAGUCCGAUUGUGCGGCUGAUGAGCUUAGGGCAUUAGUAUCUCCAAUAAUUGCAGUGAUAAUCUUCAGUUACAUUCUUUUGUACCUGCUAUGUUCAUCACUAAGAUAUCAACAUUGAAAUGCUAUACUGAUAUUUUUUUUGGGGUGAACUACUGAUAUUUAAAUGCACUGAAAUACUUACCAAUACAGGGUGAGUUUUCUAUUUUGGCAUAAAA